AUGUCAACAAUAGCUCUGAGACCUCAGAGCAGGUAUCUGUUCCGCAGUUCAUUAUAUGGGUGCCAACAGUGCCGUGCGGGCACCCCAAGAUGGCAUUCCUCCGCGAACAAGCGCGGCUUUGAGGCCCUGAGGAAGAAGCUACCUUCUCUGACUGACAAGAGGCUGCAUGAUCUGCCUGAAAAGCCAGCCAGGACGCGGUUUGCUCCUUCACCCACUGGGUAUCUCCAUUUAGGCUCCUUGAGAACCGCUCUGUUCAAUUGGUUGAUUGCGCGGGCUACUGGUGGCCAGUUCAUUAUUCGCGUCGAGGAUACGGAUAGGACACGAAUCGUCGAUGAUGCUGUACAGCGCCUGCUAUCCGAUUUAAAAUGGGCAGAGCUGAACUGGGAUGAAGGCCCUGAUGUUGGCGGACCCUACGGACCAUAUCAACAAUCCGAACGCUUGGCCUAUUACAACAAGUACAUCACUGAGCUCUUGGACAACGGCCAUGCCUACCGUUGCUUCUGUACGGCGCAUGACCUUGAACGGCACAAGCAGCAGUCUCUUGACAAUGGCGGCUCCGCCCACUACCCAGGAACGUGUCGCGACAUCCCUCCAGAUCAAGCCGAGCGGCGUGCGGCAGCUGGUGAGACACACGUUGUGCGCUUUCGCGGUGCGGGUCGUCCCUCCUUUGUAGAUAAGGUCUACGGCAAUUACCAGAAGAACGAGGACGAGGAUGACUUCAUCCUCAUCAAGAGUGAUGGCUAUCCGACCUAUCAUUUUGCCAAUGUUGUUGACGACCAUCUCAUGGAGAUCACACACGUCAUCCGCGGCGCAGAAUGGCUCAUCUCAACGCCCAAGCACAUCGCCCUUUACAACGCCUUCAAGUGGGAGCCGCCCACCUUUGCCCACGCUGGUCUCCUCUGCGCCCAAAAUGGCGAGAAGCUCAGCAAGCGCAACCAUGACAUCGAUAUCUCCUCGUACCGUGAUAAGGGCAUUCUUCCGUCUGCGCUGAACAACUGGCUUGCUCUCCUCGGCUGGAGUAUGGACGCGAAGGAUAUCGCCAAGAGUGGUGAAGUAUUCCUUACCGCGAACGCCCUGGCUGAAAAGUUUUCUUUGAGAUUUACAAAGGGCAACAUUAAAACCAACCCAGACAAGCUCGCCGUCUUCCAACGCAAACAUCUAACUCACCGCCUCCGCGAAGAGAACCCCGACGAGGCCUUGCUUCGAAAGGCCAUUAUCCCGCCCACCACAAAGCUCCUAUCCCAUAUCUCGGGCCUCAUCGCAGAUAAGAAGGAAGAAGAUAUCGUCAGCCCUACGAACCCGCGCCAUACCUUCAAAACAACGGAUUUCUCUUGCUUAAUACCAGUGCUCUCCGAUCCGUCCACUGCGCCGCAACACCUCCUGCGGAUCAAUCGCACCCUAGCCGCGGAUUCCCCCAUCGAUCCUCAGGGUCUGAUCUACGAACACCCUUCGCUUUUCUUCCGGCCGAGCCCGACGGCCUACGCGAGAUAUACUUUCAGCCGCUCCGCCGCCAAGAUUGCGGACCUCCAGGAUACCAAAGCCACACCCGAGGAACUUCUCUCCGACCUCAAGGCCUCAUUCGAGGCCGUGCCGGAGAAAGAGUGGAGCGCGAACCUGCUGCAAAAGGUCAUCAACGACUUUGCAGCCAGACACGCAGUCGUCAUGACGGACAGUGACGGACAGGCGAAGAAGAUGGAUAUUUCCAAGGCGACGUACACACUCCUUCGCCUGGUCCUGACAGGCAAACCUGGCCGCGGGGCCAAGCCUGCCAAGUUGCAACUCGCUCUGCUCGGGCGGGAGGAGACCAUGUUGCGGUUCGAGCUCUGCAUUGCGUAA